AUGAACCUUUCGGAGCAGAUUUCAUUCCACUUCACCUGUAAUGUCAGCCCGAGUGAUCAGCCGCAGCUCCAUAUUAGUGUCACCAAAAGGGAGCCGCUGACAAUUGCCGUGCCCAUGACCGUCUUCUACAGCAUCAUCUUCUUGUGUGGAGUCGUAUUCAAUGGUGUGAGCAUCCUGACCCUCCUCAUGGAUGCUCAUAUGAGAGUCAGUGCCAUUCGCUACUACCUUAUCAGCCUGGUCAUAUCAGACAUUCUGCAGCUGUUGACCAUCCCGAUAACUUUGUAUCGGUACUACUGGGAGAGCUACCCAUGGCGUCUGGGCCAAACAGUAUGCAAAGUCUACUUCAUGGUCCGCCAAGUGUACUGUGCCACCACAAGCUGGAUUAUCAUGACCUUCACCACUGAGCGCUAUGUAGCCAUUUGCCACACCAUGUGGUCUGUCUCCAGCAUGAAGAAGUCUCGGCUGCCAUGCCUUCUUACAGUAUGGAUCAUUUCUCUCGUCUCAGCAGUACCCUAUGCUCUGGUCUAUGACCAGGCUCGUGUCUGCAUCCUUGACUACACGGCCGCUACGCAAGAAGACGCCUUCCAUGUCGCCACCAUGUGUGAGAUGACCGAGCCUGAUCCUGCACACCUCUACAAAGGAGCUUUACUUCUGAGAGCGGGAAUCUUCUUCCUGGUCCCAUUGGUCUCCAUCUGUACUCUCUAUCUGCUCAUCCUGCUCUACCUGAGGCGGAAUGGACGUCAAAGGAGAAACAUGGGUCUCACGUGGCCGGAUCCAGAAGGAAGACGAGAAAUCCAGUGCCAUCAGAAUGGAAAGCUACUUUUAAAUGAAAAGAGAGCUCUAAAAUUAAUGGGUGCAGUCAUGGUGGCCUUUUGCGUUUGCAACUUUCCUGACAUUGCCUCGUCGCUGAUGCAGGUCUAUGUGGUUGUGUGGUCCGACACGGUCCUUUCUGUCUACACAAUCCUGAAAUCGUACUUGUCGCUUCCACUGUGGUAUAUUAACGGUGCUCUGGACCCGCUGCUGUUCUGUAUUUCCUCCCACACAUUUCGCAGGGCAUGCUGGAGAACUCUGGGAAGGCUCAGGCCUCAAUGCUACUUAAAGUAUGGAAGCAUGUUUUGGCAGAGAAGUUCUAGUGAAGAGGCAAGCACAACAGCCAGAGAGAGGGUUGAUGGUAAAUGCCACAGAGAGAAGAUGGACAAAAAGAGAAAUGCAGUCACUAACAAAUCAGAUCAGAUGACUAGAGAUAGCCCCAUUCAACAGGAGCUGCAGCAACACGCACUCUGAAUUGUUAUUUAUUUUAUGCUAUGAAAGACAAAUGUAUCGUUUUAGAAUACAAAAGCUAAAUAUUUGUUUUCCUACAACUUUGCUUUAUUUCUCUUCCUUUUUUUUUUUUGCUGUGAAAGCAUUUCAGAGUCUUGUUAAAAAUGUGCCCAUAUUGUGACUGUCAAGUAAUAUUUCUGUCCAAUCAAAUGCUUUUUGUCUAGUUAGAAAUAUAUAUAUAGUGCUUUAAAUCUUAUAUUGUAACUUAAGACAUGUAGAAAUGUUUUUUUCUAUAUAUCAAGUGUGAUACGACACUUCUGAAAUGUUGUGGUAGAUGUGGUAGUGUGUUUUACUAUGUUGAGUUUUAAAUAUAUUUUGUUCAAGAGUAUUAUUCUGUAGUAUUGCUUACAUCAUAACUGUACAUGUGACCAGU